GGCGGCCAUCCUCACAACCCACACACACUGCUACUACUUGUAUUAACGCCAGUGCGGCCACACUUGGUCACAUCCUCGUAUCGUCGGCAAGAAAGACGAGUUGAGUUUAGCAGAGAAGAGCGGCUUGCUUGCUUUGGUACGUACGUACGUCGGUCAGUGAAGAUGAGCACGGCGGCGCGGACGACGGGGCGGCGGGGGUUCACCAUGGGGCGCAGCGAGGACGCGACGCACCCGGACACCAUCCGCGCCGCCAUCUCCGAGUUCCUCGCCACGGCCAUCUUCGUCUUCGCCGCCGAGGGCUCCAUCCUCUCCCUCGGGAAGCUCUACCAUGACAUGAGCACGGCGGGCGGGCUGGUGGCCGUGGCGCUGGCACACGCGCUGGCGCUGGCCGUGGCGGUGUCCGUAGCCGUGAACAUCUCCGGGGGGCACGUCAACCCGGCCAUCACCUUCGGCGCGCUGCUCGGCGGGCGCAUCACCCUCGUGCGCGCCCUCCUCUACUGGAUCGCGCAGCUCCUCGGAGCCAUCGUCGCCUCCCUCCUCCUCCGCCUCACCACCGGAGGCAUGAGGCCGCCCGGUUUCUCCCUGGCGUCGGGGGUGGGGGAUUGGCACGCGGUGCUGCUGGAGGCGGUGAUGACGUUCGGGCUCAUGUACGCCUACUACGCGACGGUCAUCGACCCCAAGAGGGGCCACGUGGGCACCAUCGGGCCGCUCGCCGUGGGGUUCCUGCUCGGGGCUAACAUACUCGCCGGCGGGCCGUUCGAUGGCGCCGCGAUGAACCCGGCGCGGGUCUUCGGGCCGGCGCUCGUCGGGUGGCGGUGGAGGCACCACUGGGUCUACUGGCUCGGGCCCUUCCUCGGCUCCGGCCUCGCUGGGCUCCUCUACGAGUACGUCGUCAUGCCGUCUACCGAGACCGCCGCCCACGCCCACCAGCCGCUCGCGCCGGAGGACUACUAGCCGCCGCCGCCAAAGCAGCUGCUUCAAAUCCUUUAAAUCCAACACUUGCAGCUAUGGUUUAUCGCUAUAUAUGUAUGUAUAGUGUGUGGUACUUUUGGUUAAUAAUGGAGGGUGGCCUUGCUGUGCAUGGUUGCCCCUAUAGUAUCUCCUAGGUGAUGUUUGCUCCGUUUGUGUUAAUAAGUUUCCAGUGCAAUAUAGUAUCCUCAUCUGUUACGGGUUC